GACAUGGUGAUUGGGGAUUGUUGGUUGUUAGGGCGAGGUGAUCGAAGAAUUUUCUGGAGAGCGAUGUUAUUGUUGAAUUGGCUUUGGUUUGUUUGUUCACGAGAGUAAGAAAUUGAAAAGGGAACAAGAGUCUGAAAGGGGCAGCAGCAAGGAGGCUUAUAAAAAACCGCCGGUUGGGAAAAAAGAUGGGGCACUGGUUUCCUUUGUGCGUCACGAUUCAAGCCCAGCUGGGAAAAUGCACACCAAUAAUAGUACCAGCUCUCUCUCUAACCUUGGUGCGCUUUUCCCUUCCAGAGCAUCACAUCAUCACCUCGUAGCUUCCCCCGGACAGGGCACCUUUGUAACGCUGCAGUAUGAUGUCACCACCUUUUUGCUUCCUCCCCCCUGGUCACCCCCGGCAGGUGACCCCACCAUGCCACCCAAACGGGCUUGGUGGCUCGCUGCAAACACCCGCUUUUCUUCAUUCCAGAGCUUGGAAGCUUUUGGAUUGGCAAGGCAGCCAUUCGCCAUCUUUUUCCCACUCCAGCCUAGGUUAUUGUCACUGUCCCAAGAUAUAAGGGAAGUAGCCGUACCUAAUCAGAGGUUAGCCACUGCAACGCUGAACAAGGGACAGCUAGUAAAGAGGGACAGAGGGACAGGCUACCUACUUUGGCCAGCGGUAAUCUCCUUCAGCUUCCAAACGCGCCUCGAAAGCCUUGAACUCGUCACGACUAAGGCUGAUGCACCACCACUCCUCUUCGGCCUCGACUCGGCCACAGAUGCGAUUGCGAAUUUCGGCGAUAAUCUUAUCGAUGCCCAAGACCGGCAAGCCUAUAGACGGUAUGGGGGAGGCGGGAGAUACUGUCUCUGGGGGCGUUGUGGGGUAGAGAGAUAGCCGAUUGAGCUCGGUGAUUAUUCUCUUGUCAUCCAUGUGGGCGGAUGGCUUUGAUGAUGAUGAAGAUUGAAUGUGCGUGCACCUAGGGCGACUGCAAGGAGUAGGGCUCGCUUGCUUGUUGACGACGGAAGGAACAGGUGUUAUUAGGGCG